UGCAAAGGCCACUCCGCAGGAAAAAAAAACUAAAAUAACGAAAUAUGACAGUGUAAUUAAAAUUUCGAUCAAGAAAACUACAUUUCGCUGGUAAACUGUUCAAAAUAGUAUACGGCGUAUAAAUCAUUUGCAUCCCUGUGUAAAUAGUUUUAUGGCUAUCAAGUGAUCUACCGUUUCGCCACUCGUGUAUAUAGUCCAAGACAGAAUUAGAUAUAGGUAGAUAGGUUCUGUGGUAUCUAAUAGCGGUCGAAGAAGGUCAAAACAGGCGGCUGCUGAUUGUGAAACCAUCCAUAAUUGAAAUCCUUACCCAGAGUGAAAGUGCGGGUGAAAAGGGCAACUGUAAUAUCAUUACCAGCGUGCCACAGUUCACGAGCAACGAAUUAACGCGUUUCCGUCAAACACCCCGCUGCUGCUACCCGCUGCACUGCAUCAGCCAAACCAAGCUGCUUCAAACAGGAAACAUGGUCAACAAAUGCUACCUUGUAGUUCCCUUGCUCAGUCUGCUGGCCGGAUUCGCAGCUGGCAUCGAGGAGGACUGUGUAGACUUUCAGGGAAACUCAGUAGCCCAUGGGCUCCUGUACGUACCCGGACCGGGCGUGUGCAGUUUAUGUGUAUGCUACCAUUCAGAGCCUCUCUGGUGUAAAGCAAUCUACUGUGAUCCACCUUACUUUUGUAAAAAGUUUCGCGUGGGAGAACGAUGCUGUGAAUUUGAAUGCUUAGACCCGCCCGGAGAGGAUGAGAUGUAUCAGGCUCGCCUCCGCAAGCGCGCGGAAAUCCUUGCUGGCAACAGUGCCAACCAUCCGCUAAAAACGUCCAGUGCAGUGCAUCGCCUGCUAGGAGCGGCAGCCCUACUGGUGACGCUGUCGACUAGUAUAAGAAACCGACUGUUCCUUUCUUAGCUUUACCGCAAUCCGUAAGCUUACGUGCACAGAUUUUUUAAAAAACACGCAAUUGUCAAAAACUGAUCUUUUCUGAAAAACUAGCAAUUAGUGAAAGGAAAAUAAUUCAAGAAAAGGUAAAUGACAUCAAGAGCAAACCAACUUUUAAUGAUAAUAAUUAAAAUUAGGAUUUAUACACCUUGAAACGAGAUUACCAAAGAAGAGAGAAGGCUGUACAGCCCCAACAGUAAAAAUUGAUAGGUCGUGAAUUUUUUAAACUAAAAACUAUGGCGAAACCCAGUUUGAUGGAAACACAGCCUACUCAAUACCCUGUUCAAACCGAUCUUGUUAUUAGUCUUUCUAAUUAAAAAGAAAACUCUAUCGUUAUCAAUACAACAAACCCAAACCACAACGGAUUGUUCUUCUUGAAAUAAGAUACGAUUAGUUAUUUUUCUUAAAACCGCAACCGAUGCUUUCGAAAAAUUCGACAAUUUUGUAUGCAGGGUUCUCUAUAGAUAAAGAUUAAAUUGCAAUUGAAAAGACAGCUGCAGCUUAGUGCAUUCGCCGGCUACAAAUUGCGGAUGCUUUGCCUAUUGACAACUUUAUCAGAAUAUCGUUCGAAGAUGACCGACAAGACCAAAUACACAUGCAGUAAGUUUCAACUAACGAUAGCAGCAGUUAGUCAGUUGGAACGGCUCUAUUGGUACUAGCGAUAACGAAAAGCAGGAUAAAUAGUACUUGAUAAAGUGAUACUAGUUGAAGUAAGUUUUGACCAAGUUUAUUGAUUUAUUUACUUAUUUCAUUCGGUACGAUUCAGUGCUCGCUUUAUUGCUCGAAUGAUGAACGUUCAAACUGUGGAACAGCUGGUGGUUGUUCACCGUGAAAUUGGAGCGUUUGGGAGGUAAAAGAAAUAAUAAAAAAUCGCACUUUUUUAUCUUUUUUCGUACACUCUAUUAAACCUCUAUUGUUGCGGGAUAAAUUGUGCAAGCAGCAACUUUUUUUAUGACCGGUUAACGUAGAAAAUUAAGCUUAAUUACCACGCCAUGAAAUCUCUUUAUUUAAUAAUAACAUUUAUUCAUUCAACAACCCGCUCAAGUCUUUACGCUGACGGCUGCCGGCAGGAAGGCUACAUGGUUUCAUACAAACCGACAAGCUUUUUGUGAGCUUCUCUCCUCUACUGGUACAGCUGCAGUACGAAACGUUUCAGGCUACCGACCGGGGUGAAUACCAAUUUACAUCAAUGCCAAAAGGCUGUGGUUAUUUUUUCCAAUUUUCUGUCCGUGUGUACACCUCUAUCAGAGCGGCAAGGAUCGUCAUAGGGGAUUAUCGCCCCAUGGACGAUUAAUGGAGUUUAUAUUUGAUUAAUCUUCAUCCACUUGCGAUGCCACUGAUUGGCGUGCAAUAAGUGUAACGGGGAGCGAUGUUGGUUUGGUGGCAGUGCGGUAACCCACACAGGUACGGUAGGAAACGAAUCAAAACGGACAGUUCUCGCCUUUUUGCAAUAAGCCAUCCCAAAGAUUACACAGGGCAUCGAAAGCCAAUAAAUUAUGUUGAACUUGGUUUUAUUAUCGACAAAUUAUCAGGCGACUCCAUUGGUUCCAAAUCGAUGGAGGCGCUUUGCGUUCAGUUCGAUUGAACCGUCAUUUCGGUCUCCGUUUCGGACAAGUAUCCUUUACCUACUGUCUGAUGGUGUUUAUACCAUGACUUUUGUUUGUUUGUUUUUACCAUUGAUAAGCAAUUACACACUCUAUUCGAAAUAAUGGACGUUCAAAGCGGGAAUAUACGAAGACUAGCUUGUUAGGCCAGCAUCGUAUC